UCACACACUGUACGGCUUGUCAGGGCUUCAGACUGACACAACACCUGCUGGAUGAAUGAUGUCUGCCGCUAGCAUUGACCCUCAGACAUCGAAAGGACAAGAUGCAAGCAAAGGCUUUCCAGUCUCUGUGCAGAAUGGCUCCCUCCACCAGAAGGAUACAGUCCAUGACAAUGACUUUGAGCCUUAUCUCACCGGCCAGUCUAAUCAGAAUAACAGCUAUCAGUCCAUGACAGACCCUUACCUGUCCAGCUACUAUGCCCCCUCCAUUGGAUUUCCUUACCCCCUCAGUGAGGCUCCUUGGUCUACUGGAGGCGACCCGCCUAUCCCCUACCUGACACCCUACGCCCCCCUCAGCAAUGGCGACCACCACUUCAUGCACGACACGGUGUUCGGGCAGCCGGGCGGGCUCAGCAGCAGCAUCUAUCCUCACAGGUUUAACUUUUUCCCGGAGAACCCGGCCUUCUCCACCUGGGGCACCAGCGGCUCUCAGGGCCAGCAGACUCAGAGCUCGGCCUACGGGGGGAGUUACAGUUACCCGCCGAGCUCACUAGGAGGCACUCUGGUCCCUGAUGGCCAGACUGGUUUCCAUAGCGACACCCUGAGCAAGGCUCCAGGUAUGAACAGCCUGGAGCAGGGCAUGCUGGGCCUAAAAAUAGGAGGGGAUGUGACAGGAAGUGGCUCUGGUGUGAAGAGUGGAGGCUCUGUGAUCGGUGGCGGUGUGGCUGCAGCUGUUGCCACGGGCAACGGAGGCACUCCAAUAGGAAUGCCCCCUCCAAAACCUACAUCGUGGGCUGCAAUUGCUAGUAAACCUGCCAAGAUGCAGCAACAAAAGAUCAAGAACAAACCUGGAACACCCAUAGCUGGAGGAGGUCUGCCUCCACCCAACAUUAAACACAACAUGGACAUUGACACAUGGGAUAAUAAAGGGACUAUUAACAAAAUGGCCCCUCCUCUGCCUCAUCACCAUCACCACCACCAGCACCAGCCUCAGCUUCACUCCCACGCUGCCAGUCUCAUACCCCCCCUUCAGCAGUCCAUACAGUCUGCCCAGUCCCUGGUGCAGCAGAUGACCAUGCAGGGUCCUCCACCUCCUCCUCCACAGUCCUACCAGAGCCACAACUCUGCCCCGACACCUCAGACCCGCUGGGUGGCCCCUCGCAACAGAAACUUGUGCUAUGGGGGCGGAAGCUUGGACAGCAGUGGCUCCUCUAACGGGUGUGGUGUUGGUAACGGGAUUGGAGGGGGUGGGGGUGUGCCCCCAGAGCCAGGGUCAGAGUCCCACCCUGUGCUGGAGAAACUGCGAGCGGCUCACAGCUACAACCCUAAGGAGUUUGACUGGAACCUGAAAAAUGGCCGCGUCUUCAUCAUCAAGAGCUACUCCGAGGACGACAUCCACCGCUCCAUCAAGUACUCCAUCUGGUGCAGCACAGAGCACGGCAACAAACGUUUGGACUCGGCCUUCAGAGCAAUGAACGCUAAAGGUCCCGUCUACUUGUUGUACAGUGUCAACGGCAGCGGCCAUUUCUGCGGCGUGGCCGAAAUGCGCUCGCCAGUGGACUACGGCACCAGCGCAGGCGUUUGGGCACAGGACAAGUGGAAAGGCAAGUUUGACGUGAACUGGUUGUUUGUUAAGGACGUGCCAAAUAGUCAACUGCGCCACAUCCGCCUAGAGAACAAUGACAACAAGCCAGUCACCAACUCACGUGACACUCAAGAGGUUCCUUUGGAAAAGGCAAAGCAGGUGCUCAAGAUCAUCGCCCAGUACAAACACACCACCUCCAUAUUUGACGACUUCUCCCACUACGAGAAGAAGCAGGAGGAGGAGGAGGUGGUGAAAAAGAGCUAUGAACCUGCCCCAAUACAGAGCCGGUCCCGAAUGGAUCAGGAUCGUCAGAAGUAAAAAGAAGACGGCUGUUGAUGGAAAUUUAGAUUUAAAAGGAAAACACAAGGACAUGAAGAAAUUGAAAACUAAUAUUUUUUUCUAUUUAAUUUUAUUGACUUUGGCCCAUGACAAACUUUUGACCCACGUUGCUCCUGGUUCCCUCUUGUCUAAAGAUGCGUGCAGGGAUGAAGCUCGUUCCACCGGUUGAAUCGCUUCAAUAAUAUAUAUUUUCUUUUCAGUUUUUUUUUUCAGCCUUAUAAAUCUUUAUUGCAACCCCUGGAACUUGCAUUCUUGACUAAAUAUAAGUAACAAAUAUCUGCACGUCUGUUUUUGAAAAAUCUCUUGACAACAUGCUGCUGAUAUUCGGUGACUGUUCACUUUGUGGUUUGUGUGUUGGAGAAAUGUUAAGUGCUUGUAUCGGUUAAUCUUAUUGAGUGAACAACACUUUAUUGACAAAUGUCUGCUAUCUGUGUGUGGCCAGUUGUGUUUGACUUGAUCACAAGAAAAAAGAGCUUCUAUAAUGCCCCUCUUUUGAUUUGCUUUUUAAUUUGUAAUGUUCAGGGGCGUCUUACUUUGGUGGAAGAAUGUGUACGCUGAGAGUUUCUGUUUGCAUAGACAUAAUCGUGACAUUAGAGAGCGUAACUGUUAGAAGAUAUUUUGAAAUAGUUUGUCACCUGGCUUACAAAUGAUCUAAACUUAGGUGGAGAAAAUGUGUGUCACUCCAGAGUGGAGCCUUAACAUUUCUUUUCAGCAUGAGUGUUAAUGAUUUUUUUUUUUCUUUCUUCUUCCAUAAUUGUACCUCAAAAAUUUUUCAGCGAUAGAGAUUCAGGGAAAAGACGUCUAGAGAUAAAACGCUCUGAAAGGUGGUCCCUCUCUUUCUUUUUCAAAAGAUGGAAAUACAAAUCUAAUGUAUGAGUUCAGGUUUUAAUCAACAAAAUAUUCUAUUUUUUUUCCCCCCCAUUACGAGAACUUUUAUGUUCCAAAAGAGGUCUCUGUUUAUGUAUUCUGGAGGAAAUGUAGCAUGUAUUGCUUUUAAAACUCUAGCCAGGCCUGUCACUUUGUCUGUUGUUGUUUUUUUCUUUGUCCUUUAUUAACAAUUUUAAUCUCGACAUUCUCAUCAUUUUCAUUGCUAUAACCUGUCCACAUCAUCCUCAGACAAUGUAAGCUUUAAUGUACCGGCAUUUCUAACUUGAGAUCGCAUCAAAAAUGUUUAACUGUAGCAUUAUACUUAACUGAUUUCUUGUCAAGUGUAUGAAAAACCCAGAGACUAGCCUAUAUGGUAUAUGUUUGUGAUUUUCUUUCUUUCU